AUGGUGAAAAUCGGCGGUGCGCGAUUGGAGGACGUGUCGCCGUUCUUCCAUCUCCCGAUUGAGGAGGCGGCGCGCGAGCUAGGCGUGUGCUCCAGCGCGCUCAAGCGGCGCUGCCGGCGACUGGGGAUCAAGCGAUGGCCGUUCCGCAAGGUGCGCAGCAUGAGCAACUCACUAUCGCGUACAAUGGAGGGCAUGUGCAACGUGGGCGCGGGCGGGAUAGUCCCGCCGGAAUACCUCCAGCCGGACGCCGCCACGCGUCUCGCGGCGCAGGUGGCCGCGGCGAAUCUAAUCAACCUGGACCAGACGCGCCGCCCGUUACUGCCGCCCAUGAACCGCCCGCUCAUGGGCGCGCGGGGGGCGGCAGGCGCAGCGGCGCCCGCGGCGGGGGGAGACGCAGGGGCGGGCGGGGGGGGGAUGAUUGCACAGAUGGGGGGAGGUGCGGGAGGAGGUGGCGGAAGCGGAAGGGGGGAUGGAGUGGAUGGUGAAGGGGAUGAGAAUAAGGAAGCGGGAGCAAUCGUGCUUCAUAUGGGUGAUUCUCCCGUACUCGCUUGGGAGUCACCCGAUAAGUGUGACGAGCAGAACCCGUGGGAAGGAGGAGGAGGGGGGAUGGAGGGCGGUUUUCGUGGUGCUGAAUUGGCUAUUCGUGAGGGCACUAUGGGGGAAGGAGGCCCGUCCCUCAUGCUAUCGGUGAUUCGCCACGCCGCCGCCAGCAGGGCUGAAGCCGACAAGGAAUUACCACCUGGUUACGACAGCACACACGCAUUGCUCCUCUCCAACCCCUCCCCGUUCCUCCGCCCACACCACCCGGCCCACCAUACCCACCCAGCCCAUCCCGCCCACCCAGCCAACGCACCCCACCCAUCUCAACUCCCUCAUCCCCCUCCACAACCUCUUCAAACCCCUCUCUCCCUUCCUCCCAUGAUGACUCCCGGCAAUCCCGCUCCUGCCUUCCCUCCUCCCUUCCCCGCUCCCUUCCCUCACGCUCCUCUCUCUCUCCCACCACCUCCCUCCUCCCUCCCUCCUCCCUCCCUCCAUCCCACCACUUCCCUCCCUGCAACCCUCUCAUUCCCAACACCCCCCUCCUCUUCUCUCCCCCCUCUCCGCUCCUCCUCCUCCUUGGAACCACCGAGUCGCUUGCUCCACAUAGACCACUCGCGAUUGGUGUUGCCGCCGCCCUGUGCUGACGUCAAGCCCUCAGCUGGUGACGUCAGCCGUGCGCCGUUGUCAGCACCUGCUGACGUCAACCGCCCAUCCUUCCAGCCGCUGUCCCUCCCGAACCUGGCGGCUUGCUCGAUUGAACUUCCCCACAAGGGCCAUACUAGCCCGUUGCACCUUGUGCUUCCCUCAUCGGCUCUUCUGGACUCCAAGGGCAGCAGAGAGCAGCCAGGGGAAAACGGGGCGGCAGAGGAGAAAGCGAAAGAGAAGAAAAAUGCAGGGGAGAAAACGGCAGGGGAGAACGUGGUAGGGGAGGAGGGAGCUGCUGGGGAGAAGGAAGGUGCAGCGGAGGGAGGGGAAGACGAUGGCGGCAGCAAGGGCGAGAAGAAUAGCAGCAGCAUGAAUCAUGGCCCCAGGCAGGGCCCGAGCGAGUGCCUGAGACAGUCUCAAAGCCGCAGUGAAAGCCCAACAUUGCUGCUGCCGGCCUCGUCCUUUUGGAUGCACAGCCCGUCUCAUCUUCCUCACAUCCGCAGCCCUGUGAAGCCUGCUGCUGUUGCUUCAGGGAUUCACCAUGCUGGGGUUCACUGCACAGCACGGCUGCAUGCACGGACAAGCCCAUGCAGGCUCUCGGGAAUAGCUGGGAUUCAGAGCCCCUCGAGGCUUCUGGGCUUCCACAGUCCUUCCCAGCUCGUCAGGAUCCACAGCCCGGCCCUGUUGGCGAGAAGCCCGUCCAGGUUCGGAGCACUUGGAGCAUUCUACUCCCACAUGCACAGCCCUGGCAUUGGAGGGGUGCAUAGCCCUGGUGUCAUUGGCUGUGAUCCCAGUAGUGGCACCACUGUGGUUGCUGUGGUUGGAAGAGGUGACGAUGGGUUACAUGGUGGUGCUGCUGGAGCCAUUGCAAGUGGCACAGUGGAAAACGUUUUCAUACCAGACGCUUCAUAG